AUGGCGGCGACUUCGGACCGCGGGAAAACUCCCCCUCACCCAAAUCAUCCCCCAAACGGCAGACAGAAGACCAGCCACCUACGAUGGGAGGUAUCCGUGCCCUAAUGUCUGAAUUUUCAGAUAAUAUACAGAAAAGCAUACAGCUGCAAAUUCAGGCUCUAACUGCUGAUUUACAGAGAGACAUACAUGAAAUAGGAAACCGCACAGCUCAAGUGGAGUCCAAAAUGGACGAACAUGCAGAAGCACAUAACAGCUUAGCAGACAAAGUCCAGGAAUUGGACGACAUUCUGGAAGUACACAGGCUAAAGCUAGCUGACAUGGAGGAUAGGGCAAGGCGGAACAAUCUGCGGUUCAGAGGAAUCCCAGAAACAAUUACAAACGCCGAGCUCCAACAUUAUCUCUCAAAACUGCUCCAGAGCCUAGUACCAGAAAUACACCCGGAUCAACUAUUAAUCGACAGGGUGCACAGGCUGCGCAGACCGAAACACCUGCCGCAAACUGCAGAGAGAGAUGUAAUCGCUAGAAUACACUUCUUCCACGCUAAAGAUAAGAUCAUGCGGGUUAGCAGAAACCCAGGUAUGCCGAACGAAUACAACUCCAUCAAAAUCUUCGCGGAUUUAUCAGCGGACACUCUCCAAUUCAGGAAAUCAAUGGCGCCGAUCACCUCCACCCUGCAGGAGCAUGACCUGAAUUACAGAUGGGGAUUCCCUGCCAAACUUCUGAUCUCCCACCAAGGGGCCAUACACGCCAUCACGACCCUGAAGCAAGGCGUCCAGAAACUAAGAGAUUGGGGGCUUCCCCAACCGGCGACAGAACCAACUAAAACAAAAGUGCCCAAGAUGUCACUGGAAUGGACUGUCAAACGAAAGACUGCCCUUCCCCUGGAACACGCGUAACUAUUCCAAAACCAUUGUGCAAGUUAAAAUGCUAGAACUCUCAAGUUACAGGGCUAUAGCUUAAUGCUUACUUAGCCAAAAUGUAUUUGUUAAUUAUUGUUAUACUUCAACCUACCUGACCUGCAACAAGCAGCAGUACUUGCUGGUUAGAAUGCGGCGCUGCCCAAUAAGCUUUUCUACUAUUCCCCCACGGGGGCGCAGGCAAGAUAACGGCACAUACUAGCCAUGACGCCAUCCUAUAGCGAGGCUGUGUUUAGAAGUUUAUUGAGACUAUCCCACUGUGAAGGCACAUUUUAAAACAUUGAUGUCACCUUAUAGCGAGGCUGUGUUUAGAAAAUUAUUAAGAUCAGUUUAAUGUUGUUCAUGACAUGUUAGUUUUGCAAUUUGAUGUUCAAAUGCUCUUUUGGUUUCAGGUGGAGGCUUACUAUGUGUAAAAACCUUAUCACCACUACCCCCACUAGACAGGCCUAUCUAUUAGGCGAGUCUCGAGGCUCCACUCCUCGGAGCCAAAUUGGGUGUGUCACCCACCAGUUUUUCCAGUUUUACCCCACCCACUUCCACCCUACCCAUUCUCUCCCCCAGUCACGAACACAAAGUAUGGCACAGCAGAACCGCCGCAGGCUUACCAAACUGACAUACUGCAAUGACCCAGCAGCACCAGUAGUAACCAAGCUCACGCUCCAUAGCAUCCCCUCCCUAUAUAUACAACCAUGGUUAAACUAAUAACGUAUAAUGUAAAAGGAUUGAACUCCCCGGGUAAACGCAGGCUACUACUGCAAGAUCUGAAAAACGAGGACAUAGACAUCGCGUGUAUCCAGGAAACACACUUCACCAACACCCGUACCCCUGCACUCUACACAAAAAUUUAUCCAACACAAUACCACGCUACUUCUGAUAAAAAGACGAAGGGAGUCUCUAUUCUCAUACAUAAAUCCAUAGCAUUUCAAGAAAAAGUAGUCUCUAUAGACCCCCAGGGAAGAUAUGUAAUACUAGUGGGUCUCUUCAAUAAUGUCCAAUAUACAUUGGCUUCUGUAUAUUUCCCCAACACUGGCUCAGAACAAUUCCUCAGACUCAUCCUCAAAGAGAUAGAUAAGGUGAGACAGGGGGGAUUGUUGAUGUGCGGGGAUUUUAACUUUAUAAUAUCCCCGGACUUAGACUCCACAGCACUCCCAAGAGGCACCAGACGAGCAAAUAUAGUAUCCACAGGCAAAAAACUGUCUAGACUGCUCACAUUACAUAACCUGUAUGAUAGCUGGAGAAUACUCCACCCAAGAGAACGGGAUUACUCCUUCCACUCCAAAGUACAUAACACCUACACCCGCAUAGACACCUACUACGUAGACCAAUCUACAUUACCACAAGUAGCCAAAUGUACAAUGGGAGACAUUACGUGGUCUGACCACGGCCCGGUGUCCCUGGAUCUAUAUGAUAAAUAUCAGUUCAAAGGUAGAGGGAACUGGAGACUAAACGAGUCCCUACUACAAGACAGUAACUUUGUGGAACAAAUAAAGAAUGACCUUAACAAUUACUUUCAGACAAACUCAGGUGGGGAAACAUCAGCCUCGACCACCUGGUCGGCCCAUAAGGCCGUUGUUCGCGGUUUAUUUAUUAGACAAUCCUCAUAUCUUAAAAAGCAUAGACAAGCGACCUUAAUGGAAUACCAACGGCAAUUAACACAAUUAACUACCCAAAAUAAGGGUGCCCCUUCUCGAGCCCUAGCACUACAAAUCCAAAAUCUGCUAGAUAAAAUCACCGAAUUACAAGCGGUCAAAACCUCAUACAUGUUACACAAGCUCAAAGCGACCCACUACCACCACAGCGGGAAAGCCACCAAACUCCUAGCUAACAGGCUGAGAGCAAAGCUGGCAGCCACCAAAAUAGCGCAUAUUCAAGACCCAGAAGGUAACAAAAUACAAAACCCAAUGGAUAUCACUCAGGAGUUCGCCAACUAUUACUCCAGCCUCUAUAAUUUGGGCGAAAGACCAGAUACCCCCCCCAUCCAGGACAGUAACAUCACGGAGUUUCUAACCCGUCUACCCCUCCCCAAAAUAAACCACCACCAAAUAGAACAAUUACUCCAACCUAUUACUCUAUCAGAAGUACUCCAAACAAUAAGGAACCUCCCCCCAGGAAAAACCCCAGGAGCAGACGGCCUACCAAACCUGUAUUAUAAAACUUUUGCAGACAUAUUAGGCCCUAAACUUGUCCAAAUAUUCCAAGCAGCUUCUGACUCGGGAGAACUCCCUCCUGAGAUGCUACUAGCAACUAUAGUUACCCUGCCAAAACCUGGGAAACCCCCGGACCAAUGUAAAAAUUUUAGACCUAUCUCCUUAUUAAAUACAGACGCUAAGAUAUACGCAAAAAUCCUGGCCUCCAGACUGGGUAAAAUCCUGCCCUCAAUCAUAGACGAUGACCAAACAGGGUUCGUGAUGGGGAGACAGGGGUUAGACAAUACACGAAAACUGUCCCUAAUUAUGGAAAAAUUGAGAAGAUCAGGCCAAGGUGGGCUACUGUUAGCUCUGGACGCUGAAAAAGCGUUUGACCGCCUAGGUUGGUCCUUCUUGAAACAAGUCUUAUCGACAUUUGGAUUCCCACAACAGUUCAUUCAACAAGUAUUCGCCCUAUAUUCACACCCAAGGGCUCAGGUACUACAAGCAGGCUUCAAAUCAGACCCCUUUCGCAUUACAAACGGCACCCGACAGGGAUGCCCUCUGUCCCCCCGUUGUACGUACUGGCCCUGGAGCCCUUACUAAUAGCCAUUAGAUCCCAUCCAGACAUUGAAGGCGUAAAUUGGCACGGCCGCCAAAUCAAGAUUAGUGCAUUUGCGGAUGAUAUCCUUCUAUAUGUUUCCCAUCCUGUUACCUCCCUACCACACAUAAUGCACCUUAUCGAGGAAUAUGGUGGUCUCUCAUACUACUCCUUAAACACUUCCAAAACACAAGCAUUAGGGUUACGCCUAGAUCCCCCAGCCCUCACACAGCUACGUAAAACCUACCAAUUCGAAUGGCGCACGAAUGAUAUUAAAUACCUAGGCCUGACGUUCACCAAAAAAGCUUCCGACAUGUUCCCAACUAACUACACCAAAGUAUGGAAUGAGUGCCUGACCUUGAUAAGGGGCUGGGAAAAAUUGUUCCUUACUUGGACGGAACGAAUUGUGGCUAUUAAAAUGUCGGUACUACCGAAACUACAAUAUGUGUUUCGGAACCUCCCGUUAAAGGUACCACAAUCUUACUUUAAAACCAUACAAUCGAAGCUACUGCAGUUUACCUGGGGAGCAAAACGGGCGAGAAUUUCUUGCAAACUACUAUCCGCACCAGUGAAACACGGGGGCAUGGCGUUUCCAAAUGUAAAAGCCUACUAUCAGGCGGCAGCCUUAACCCCUCUAUUAACACAUUUGGUGAGGAACAACCAACCACAAUGGGUACACCUAGAGAACCUAGCUGUUAAGCCCUUUGCAAUCCACAUCCUGACAUGGCUGCACAAAUCAAACAGACCAACUACACCGUUACUACCAUUACAAGUACAACUAGCGUUACAGAUUUGGGACACGCAUAGGAGGAAGUUUGAGACAGCCAACCCCCUCUCCAUGGCAACUCCCAUAGAAGCCAUAACAUACUGCAUCCCAACAUUUCACGCAAUGCCGUGGAAGGACAAGGGAAUCUCACACCUAGCUCAGGUCUUUGAAUCAGGCAAGCUGAUGGGUUUUGACCAUCUUAACACGAUCUUUAACCUGCCACACACAUCAAGCUAUUCAUACAUCCAACUUAAAUCCUUUCUACAUACACGUAAUAAAGAUAGUAGAAAUGAGACUACAAUUGCCAGUGCGCUAUCGACCUGGGAACAAACAGGCAUCACAGGCAAACUACCCCAGACCUUCAAACCCUUAUCUGGCUGCUACAGACUUAUUCUGCCAUACCAAUCCCUUUCUGACUCCACUCCAGCACACCAAUGGGAAAUGGACCUCCAAACUCCCAUCACUGAGAAACAGUGGUCUUCUAUCACAUCUUCCACUAGAAAAUUGAUCAAAUCUGCUCCCCUUAUAGAACAACACCAGAAAACAAUAUAUCGGUGGUAUAUGGUGCCGCUACGUAUACACAAACUGUAUCCCACUGCGUCUCCGACGUGUUGGAGAUGCAAACAAGAGAAAGACUCGGUCCUCCACAUUUGGUGGAAAUGUCCACGCCUAAUCAGGUAUUGGGAAGACACAGGAAAAAUCAUUGCAGAUACUACCACCAUCCACCUACCCUUUGACCCUAAGACCUUUUUACUGUUAGAUAUACCCAGAGAAACACCCACACAAGCGAGAAAAUUAAUGUACCACGUCCUGCUAACCGCACAAAAACUGAUCGCACGACUCUGGAAAACAACAGACACCCCUAG